GAGUUAGAUACAGCACAUGGCAGCCGUGACCGUGGGGAUCCUCCUGCUAUUCACAGUCCUUGUAGGACAAGGGUCGAAUGCUCAGGAUUGUGGAGCGGCACCUCUGAACACAAGGAUAGUGGGUGGACAGGAUGCUACAGCUGGGUCAUGGCCCUGGCAGGUCAGCAUGCACAUCAGACUCUCAGGUGUUCAAGGUCACGUCUGCGGGGGGAGCCUGAUCACUGACCAGUGGGUACUCACAGCAGCCCACUGCAUCCUAACACAAUCGCUAAGUCCAUGGAUUCUCUACAUGGGAAGACAGACUCAGACUGGCUCUAACAUUCACGAGGUAAGCCGCACCGUGUCCCAGAUCAUCGUCCAUUCUGACUACAACAGCUUCUUGAACAACGACAUCGCCCUGAUGAAGCUCCAAAGCCCCGUUGUGUUCACUGACUACAUCAGGCCUGUCUGUCUGGCCAGUAACACCAGCCAGUUUCACAACGCCACCCUCUGCUGGGCCACUGGUUGGGGCCGACUUGGACGUAACGGCCCAGAGAACUUGUGUCUGGUCCCCCUCACACCACCUGGUUCCUGA